AUGGAGAAGAUCAAAUCCAUGUUUGAAAAGAUCCAUCAUAUGCAUAUCUGUUGCGGUGUUAUAUGUACUACUCACAUCCCAUUUGUACCAACUGCUCCAAACAUUGAGAAGAAUGACAUCACUCAGAUGCAAGUCAUGGUUGAUCCAAGGAUGAGGUUCAUGGAUGAUUGGUUUGGACCGGCAGAUAGCAAGAACCAGUUGAGCCUAUUGCAUGACUCUGAAAUCUUCAAGGAGUCUGAGAAGGGUGAUUGGCUGAACGGCAUCAAGUUGAAGGCAGAAGACCUCCCACAGCCCAAGGCCGAUUUCAACAAGAGACACUCUGCAACCACAACCUGUGCGCUGGAGGCACUUGUAAGGUUUGCAGACACAUGGAAGUACCUGCAGGGAGAGACGUCCUGCGCUAUCAAUCGUGACAUAAUCCAUGCCUGCUGCAUAUUGCAUAACAUAGUCAUAGAUAUGGAGGAUGAUGCAGCCAUGCCGAGGCCUGACACUGAGUAUCUGAAUUACUGUUAG